AUGGCUGGUAGACUUUUCCGCUGGCCGGGCGCCAUGCGCCAAUCGGUCAUCUCGCAGGCUCGCGGCUACGCUUCAAAGUCAGCGAUUCCGACAUUCUCCCCGACUUCCUCCUCCGAAUUGAACGAGGCUCUCGACCGAUUCCGACAAGAUCUCUUCAUUCCAGCCGGCCUCCCGAAAAGACAGCGAACAAGCAUGUACAAGGAGAAGCACGCGCAGCGCUUGCGUGAUGAGCCCAUUACUAUCAACAUUAGCGAGAAUGAAGAAUAUACGCUGCAGCCCAAGAAGCAUAUUGACUCCCCAAAGAAGUCGGAUGCCAUCGAGGUCAUUAAGAUGAUGCAAGCUAUUGAGGACUAUAAGAACUUCAUUCCCCUUUGUCAGUGGGCUGCGCGGGGCCCGGUCAUUCGCAAGGCAGGUGGUGCUCGCAAACUUCACUUGAUCAUCGAGUGCGCAAGGCAGUCGGAGAUCACUGGCCUUCGUCUGCGGAACUUGGAACUUGUCAAGACUCUUUUCUUCACGCUUCGUUUUGCUGCUCACAAAGCUGGUUUCAAGGGCCCUGAGACUGGAAAGGCUCUCAACAUGGCCAAGCAGGCUGUCGACAUCAUGGACGCCGACCUCCCAGACCACUCAUACAGUGACCCUUCCCUGAACCCCAAGAGCCAGCCCCUAGUCAUCGCUGCUCUUCUGGAGCUAAGUGCCGCUCGCGCCAUUAACGAUUUCGCUGGCAAGGACAAAGACAAGGAAGUCCUCGGCUACGCUCAGAAGCUCCUCGUCGCUGCGCCCAAGGGCCAUUACCAAAAAGGCCCCUCGGACGAUGGUCGUCAGAGCGUCAACAACUGGAUCCGUGAAGCAAGCACAGUCUACAAUGGACUAAAAAUGUGCCUUUCAAUUCACGGUCUUGCUGCCGAUAAGGUUCUUUACCGUGAAGUGUCUUCUCGCCUCGAUGAAGUGAAGAAGUCGCUGAAGAAGGUGGUUGAGGACCCCACGCACAAGGACAAGGAUAGCGAACACUGGAAACACGCCCGCGAGCUGCUCCAGGGCUAG